CGUUGAACGUAGUCAUCGGACAGACGUUCAUGAUACGUGAAGUAAUCACAUCGCGACUUGAUACAACCAUGAAAAGAUUAAUAUUAAUUACAUUAUUGACGAUAAGUGCCAUAGCGGCGAUGGAAUACAAUGCUGAAUCAUUCUAUGAUUAUUAUCAAUAUCGUGAAGACAGAGCAGAGAAAAUAUCAGAAGAUACAGAAAUUUUAGAAGAUAACUACGAAAGUGAAAAGCCCAAAUACGAUAUGAAAGACGCGCCGCAACUCUUCGAGAAAUUCGUCAAAGAUUAUAGUAAGGUAUAUAAAGAUGAGAACGAUAGGAAUAAGCAUUAUGAAAAUUUCCAGUCUAAUUUAAAAGAUAUUAUUCGAACUAAUGAAGAAAGCAAAGGAUUCGUAGUCGAUAUUAAUAUGUUCGCUGAUUUAGACAAAAAGGAAAUGGAAUCGUUUUAUGAUGUCGGUGACACUGGCAACUAAAUGAACUGCUUAUGACAGAAUGAAGAUCGGUGACCGGAAAUAUAUUCACGGAUACAUAUGUAAAAAUAAAAGCUACCUGUUAAAUAUGUA